AUGUCUACUGUAACCAAAUACUUUUACAAGGGUGAAAACACGGAUUUGAUUGUUUUUGCUACAUCUGAAGAGCUUGUAGAUGAAUAUUUGAAGAAUCCAUCCAUUGGCAAGCUGUCUGAGGUUGUCGAAAUCUUCGAAGUCUUCACUCCUCAAGACGGCAGGGGUGCCGAAGGUGAAUUGGGCGCUGCAUCCAAGGCCCAGGUGGAGAACGAGUUCGGUAAAGGCAAGAAGAUCGAAGAAGUUAUUGAUUUGAUAUUGAGAAAUGGUAAGCCAAACUCCACCACCUCUAGCCUCAAAACCAAAGGGGGUAAUGCUUACAAAUAA